AUGGCUUCCGAAUCGACAACUACCACUGGCAUCGCGCUUGCCACGACCCCCCUCGAGACUGCGAGCUCGCACAGCGCCGAAAAUACCACCGCGUCUUUCACCGUACACACGACGCUCGUCACUUCCCUGGUAUCGCCGACCGAGACCCCGCUUCUUUCAGGAAACACCGCCACAACAUCAACUUACGUAGCUGGGCCGAUCGUCGUCUCCCUGGAUGACAUUCCGCCAGGCUGGAUACCCGACGUGCAGCGCACAGAUACCAUAAUAUUUCACAACGAGUUGAUAUUCACGUUGGGAGUGCUUGCAAUGGGAGUCCUGGCUGUUUGGCUGUGGUCCUUGUGCGGGUAA